UCCGGCCGUUUUUUGUCAGGCCUGCUCGCUGACCAUAUUCGUGCCCGUGUGAAUUUUGCUUCAGUUUAGCGGAAUUUGUCAGUGACCAGUGACAUGUGUUGUGUUUGCAAGAAGGCGAACCGGACUGCUUUUUGUGAUUUAUCAAAUCCUCGUGGUCUGAAGUACGACUGAUAUAUAGAUCAGUCACUUCUGAGUUCACUGCAAAAAGCCGAUACGGUGGGCGUGGGAUUAUCCGAGUUCUUCAGAAGAACAGCAUAAAUUAGAUGUUUCAUGUACCGUUAAAAACCAGGGCUUGAAUAAGGCUACUACGGUAAUAUUUCAUCCCAGUGGGAGGAGGCAGUCCAAGGACUCGUCACCGAAAAGAGACCCAAGAGAGAUCUGAAAAAAUUAGAUACGAGAUAAUCCAAGGAGAUCUGUGUACCUCCGCAAGCGCUGGUGGGACGUUUCUGUCACCAUUAUAGCUCAGGGGUUUCGGGAGACAGCAUUUGCCUACGCCAUGAUAUCUGCCGGAGUGGCCAUCGCAGUAGCCCGCGCAUGUUCCAGCGGCAUAAUCUCGGAAUGUGGCUGCGAAAGGGUCCCUAAGGGCGCCGCAGGGGGACCCAGAUGGAAAUGGGCGGGGUGCUCCCACAACGCAAGGUAUGGGGUGAAGUUUGCCAGAACCUUCCUGGAUGUCGCAGAGAGCCAGGCUGAGGAUAUACGAUCUAGAGUUAACUUGCAUAAUAACCAGGUUGGGAGAAUGGCGGUAACGAGUAACAUGCAAAUAAAGUGCAAAUGUCAUGGCAUGUCAGGCAGCUGUGAGCUAAAAACCUGCUGGAGGGCCACUCCUGACUACAGGACUGUUGGCAGGGCCUUGAAGGAGAAGUAUAACGUUGCAGUAUUAGUAGACCAAAACAAUUUAGGAAGGAAAAGUAUUCGGAGAUUUAACUCCAUAAACCACGGCCGACGUCGACAGAAGCAAAAGUCCUCAAUGAAUCGUGGCUGGCCAGGAAAACAAUGGACGCCACGCAGGACGAAGCACAAGCGUGACCUCAGUCGUGACCUCCUGUACUACCAAAAGUCGCCCGAUUUUUGUGAGAAAGAGAAGUCGUUAGACCUGCCUGGGACCAGGGGACGACGGUGUAACAGAACUGCCAUAGCAUCUGCACCUGAUUCCUGUUCAGCUUUGUGUUGUGGAAGGGGGUACGACUUGGUGGUGAGGCGACAAAAGGUGGAAAGAUGCAACUGUAAAUUCGUGUGGUGCUGUCAAGUGGAAUGCCAGAUGUGUAGUUUCGAAGAAUGGGUUAGUGUUUGUAAAUAAAGUUGGCGUGACCCUUGAUGUGAGAAGGUGAAAUCAGGAGUGGCAUCAAAACAAACACUCGCUUUUCGUAUCGCUCUGCUCUUCCUUUGUUUAGUUAAGGAUCUGUCAUGACGAAACACACUUCGACGAAAGUUUAUUUAAUAUACGUCUAGACGUGUAGGUCAAACUGCGUAAAUUUUUCAUGGAUGUUGUUCUCUAUUUAAUAUAAUAUAUAAUAUUGGUACAAAUAUGUGAUGAUAAGCAUUUUAUGACAGUCAGCUGGCUCUCUCUUAAAAUCUGCUUAAAGGAUUACGUGUUGAUAACUUCAGAUUCUUCCAGCGUUCUCACUCUUAACAGAACGUAUCUAACUUUGAUCUAAGAGUCAACAUUGAUAGUAUGCAUAUUUCCGAUGAUUCAUUCUUAGAUCAAUAGCAAUAACAUAUAACAAUGCAGAUAACAUUACAAUCUUGGUGAAAGUGUAUGAUCUUAUUGAGAAGUGUUUAACAUAUGGCGAAUGUGUCGAUUACUAAAAUAAGUGCGCAUUCACCAUGAAUCAAAGAUAUUAACUAAAUACAUUAUUUAGAAAAUAUUUUACUUCAACUUUAUAAAAUACAAACAGCUUUUACAAUCUUGGCACAUUAUCAUUAAAUUAAAGCAGUCCUUCUUCAUGGUGUAUAGGUAUAGUUCCAAAAUAUGUUUUGAUAUUUCGAAAACUGAAUGUGUGCAUUAAAAGUAUGGUGUUGCAACAGUAUUUUUUACAUACAGGGUAUACAUAAAUGCAGAUGUAAAUCUAAAUGUAUAUUAAUCAGUAGUUCGUGUAGCAUAACGCCUAGCUCUGAUCAACUAAAGAACAUGUUUUUUUUUCAAACUAAUUUGUGAUUGUUACAUUCUUGUGUUGUUCAGCAUUUACCAUCUAUGUAUUAUACUCACUGAAAUGUACAGUAUUAUUUAAAUUAUUUACUAUUUAUUCUUGAUCAUUUCAAUUUAGGGCUUACAUUUAUUUAUUCUUUCCAUUGAUUGAUAUAGUUCCAUGUACCUAAUAAGAAUCUACUUAUUCAGACGUUAUAAUAAAC